AUGCUCGAAGGGUUCUGCAUUUGGGCAGGGCGAAACACGGUCACCGCUAACGAAGGGAAAAUAUCUUCGCUAUCGCUACGCAAGUAUGUCGCAGGCUUGAAAGCCUGGCACGUUUAUCACAACACCACUUUCCCAACGGGGAACCAUGCCCGGGUGGAACUAAUCUUGAAAGCCUCCAGCAAGGAAGACGAAACGGCAACAAAGAAACCUCCCAAAUGCCCGAUGAUGUUCUGGCACAUGCAACAUUUGUGGACGAAUCUAUGGCACGGGGACGAUUUCGACAAAGCUCUGUUAGACAUGGCAGUGGUUGCCUUCUGGGGCCUAGCCAGGCUUGCGGAACUGACGUACACGUCAGAGACAGGCGUUUUAAGCUUUGCCGACUCUGUAUUGACCUCAGACGUUACGUUCAAGACGGACGCGUUGUUUGGCGAAACGGUCACCCUGACACUACGGAAUACGAAAACAGGGGUGCCCGGCUGCCCCCAGUUAAUUACGCUGGCAGAGCAGAAACACGUUCUAUGCCCGGUACUGGCCAUCAAACGACGUUUAUCUUCGGCUGAGGGCGCCAGGACCUCGCUGUUUGGGUACGGGCGGGGAGACGGAAGACGGCACCUGACUAGGAACCGUUCGGUUGCCCGGUUGGAGGCCGUCCUAGAAGCCGGUGGUUACACAGGCCUCAAGGGACACUCGUUCAGGGUUGGGGGCGCAUCUUUUCGCGCUGCUUUUGGGAUGUCUCCGUCGGACAUCUGCCUUCUAGGCAGAUGGAAAUCCGACUGCUAUAAACUUUACCUCCGCUCUUAUUCCUCAAGCGAUUUGAAGAGGACGAAAGACCUGGUGCGACGUUUCAAGAAUAGCUGGACACGGAUGGAGUCCUAG